AUGGUCACCGUUUGUGAUGUGUGCCAUCGGAGAUUCCAAAAUAAGGUCUUGGUUGCAAAACACAAGCUCAAGGAACAUGGGGAUGGUCAGACCUUCUCAUGCACGCAUCCAGGAUGCUUUUCCACAUUUAUCACGAGGAAAAACUUGAAUGAUCAUAUCCGAAAAGCCCACCCAACGAACAAAUGUGACAUAUGUGAGGAAAUCUUCGAGUCAUUGCUCGCCUUAAAAGCUCAUAAGUUGCUUCACCAAGCUUCGCCUGAGACACAUGAAAGAGACGAGAGUUUAAAUUCAGACAAAAUUAUUGUGGACGAUGUAUACGAGGUUUCCCGACAACUGGUUGUAUUGGACGAAACAUCAAAUGAGUCUACAAAAAAGACGUUGCCCCUAAAAGGAAAAGUUGUGGAUGUAGAUGCCAUGAAGAAUACAUCUUUCAUAAAGUUACUACUGAAGAAUUUCAAACCAGUGUACAAGUGUCCCAAGACGGGAUGCGACAAAGUGUUCGAAAGGCAGCACGCCUUUGACAAGCAUAUGAAACGACACGAAAUAAUGAGGCUACAGGCGGCACAAAAGUAUGAAGAGUUAAAGAGAGAGGAAGAGGAGGAAAGGAAGUCUUUGGAAGCGGAGCGUGAGCUGGAUGAACCAGGGCUUUCGGAUCAUUUCUCCGAUCUAGACGAGUCAGACAUCAUCGAUAUUGAAGACUCUGAUAAAGACGACAAAGAAUCACAGGACAAGGACAUGUCCAUGGAAGAUGAGAUCACCAACAGACAACGCGAGCUUGAUAUGAUGUUGGCACAGGAAAUGCAGAGUUGUUAA